AUGGGUGUAAUUACUAUGAUACGCAAGUUCGGACUGGAGUAUUGUGAUCUGCCAACAAUGGUUUGGAAUGUCGCCGUCAUGCUCAGAGCUACAACACUCAACGUCGACCCGAGGCAUACAAAAGGUAUUCCAAUUUUCCUCUAUAUGCUGACUCCAAUAUUCGUUUGCUGCUUCUGCUAUGCAUACUGCUUCUCGACCCUCUGGUAUGUGUUCGUGAGAAGCAGAGAGACCAACGACGUGGUUGGUGCUAUGGUGGUAUUAUCCGUCUCUGUCUGCACUGAGAUAGCUCCCAGUAAACUAUUCUUUUUAAUUCUGAACAGAAAAAAAAUAAAAAUCUUGGUUGGGAAAUGCCUCGAACUUGACUCCCUGAUGAUACCUGAAAGCCGCUUUCAUAAAAAUGUAUUAAAACAAAUGAAAAUAGUGAAAAAGCGAUUCAUAUAUUACGGAUCAUUGAAUAUAAUAAAUGCAAUAAUUUAUUAUAGUAUGCCCUUUGUAUUGCCUGGGCGACGGCCUUUAAACGAAACAUUCCCAUUUUAUGGUCUUGAGCCAGUUUUGGAAACACCAUACUACGAGAUUUCCUACAUAGUUGGAUUAAUAUCAACAUUAUAUCCUAUGCAUAUUACAAUAAAUAUAACUGGAUUACUAAUAACAUUAACCGGUUAUACAGAAUCACAAAUGAUCAGCCUCGGUUUGGAAUUUCAAGAACUUUGGAACGACGCUACUAAGCAUUACCAUGAAGUUGUUUUAGUCGACGGUUCUGCAUUAACAAUAAAUGAUGAAAACGCAAUAAAAAAUGACUACAUUAAGAAACAAUUACACAGUAUGAUAAACAUACACACAGCGAAUAUUGAAAUUUUGCGUCAAACUGAACUUGUAUUUAGAAGUGCUCUUGCAGCAGAAUUCGUUCUUCUAAUACUUAGCUUGAUAGCUGAACUGCUUGGUGGUUUGGAAAAUACAUACAUACAAAUACCGUACGGGUUUUCUUUAAUAGGAAUGGAUUGUCUCGUAGGACAAAGAGUGAUGGAUGCAGGCGUUGCUUUUGAAAAGGCAGUCUAUGAUAGUAAAUGGGAAAAUUUUAAUGCUGAAAAUAUGAAAAUGGUGUGGAUGAUUCUUAUAAAUGCUCAGAGACCUUUAAAUUUAUCGGCCGGAGGUCUGGCAAUGUUAAAUUUGGGUAUCUUGAUGACUUUCGCUAGAUCUGUAUAUUCCGCUUACACCGCUUUCAGUUCUCAUGUUAAUCACUAA